AUGCCUCCUCAAAUUAAGCAUGAUCUGAACCGCUCCGGCUGGGAGUCGACAGACUUCCCAUCUGUCUGUGAGAACUGUCUUCCCGAGAAUCCAUACGUGCAGAUGAUCAAAGAAGACCAUGGCGCAGAAUGCAAGAUUUGCACGCGCCCCUUCACCAUAUUCCGUUGGAAGGCCGAUCGAACCUCCCGCCAAAAGCGAUCCAUCAUCUGUCUCACAUGCGCGCGCCUGAAGAACUGCUGCCAAUGCUGCAUGUUGGAUCUAUCGUUCGGUCUGCCCAUCGUCGUCCGUGAUGCUGCUCUUAAGAUGGUCGCCCCAGGACCGGAAAGCUCGAUCAACCGCGAGUACUACGCACAGAAUAACGAGAAGGAGAUCGAGGAAGGCCGUGGCGCAAUCGAGGAAUACGAAAAGACAGAUGACAAGGCUCGCGAGCUGUUGCGCCGUCUUGCGAACAGCGAACCAUAUUACCGCAAGCCCCGACGAAUUGAAGCUCCUGCUGAGGGGGAUGAAGCAGAGCAAUCUACAGCGAACGACCAACCGCGCACAAGCAGCCGCUAUGGAAAUGGACCCGGUCCGAUUCGCACAGGUGAAAGCCGUGCCGGAAAGGCUCUUCCCGGCCGUGGUGGACGCGGUGGUGGUCGUGGUGGUCGCCCAUUCCCCAGCACUACCCAGUUGCCGCCCUCGGCUGCAGAUAUUCUUCCCCCAGCGGAUCCCAACGUCACUUCGUUGUUCGUUACAGGUGUCGAAGACGAUCUCCCUGAACAUGCCCUCCGCACAUUCUUCAGCGAAUUCGGUCAGCUCCGGUCGCUGAUUUGCUCUCACCGCUCUCACUGUGCUUUUAUCAACUACGUCAACCGCGCGGACGCUGAGACUGCCGCUCACCAUUGCCAAGGCAAGGCCAUCCUCCAGGGUUGCCCCCUGCGUGUCCGCUGGGGAAAGCCUAAGCCCUUAGACAACCUGGAUCGCGAGGAGAGAAUGAAGAAUGCCCGCGAAGGUCGCCAGGCUGUGGGAUCAGUUGGCAAAGGAAAGCAAGCGGAUCGCCGAGCUAUCACUUCCACCGAGGGCGCUCCCCAGGAAAAGGCUCAAUCUCAUGUUGUUGCACCACCGCCCGGAUCGGGUGAGGUUCAGUACGCCAGCAUGAAUGGCGAUUGA